AUGACGGUCACGAAAAAACCAAACUACACCAACAACAACUACGACAACAUCGAAGCCACAACACUCGAUUUAGACAGUAAAUAUUCUCUAGAAGCGGAAAUCAUCCAACUUUACUGGAAUCGUGGCAUCCCAUUUAGCAUCUUAACUGCAUUGGGCAUCAUCUUUAACGUUGUCAGCUUCAUCGCUAUAGUCAGAAUCCGAGGACCAAAAACCGUCUACAAUGUCUUUCUGGCGAAUCUGGCUAUGGCAGAUGCAGUAGGUGCCGUGUUGUUGUGGACGUUUCACAACUCUCUCCUUAUAUUUCCAUCCUUUGAAGAGGAGUAUGAUCAGGAAGGCGAUGGAGUUGUCAGUCUUAAGAUCUGCUUGUUUAAACGCUCCUCAAUGAAUUUUGAAAACAGAUGGGUCUUGAGAUCCGCUCUGAACUUCGCAAGUGAUGGAGAAGUAGUCAGAGAAUUCAUCGCCAUCUGUUAUCCCCUCCUUGCACAAACUCGUCUCAUUCCAGAGAAAGCUUGGGCGGUUGUGUUGAUGACGUGGCUUGUGGCUUUUGUGGUGGCCACUACACCUGCUCUCACUAUCGGAAUAUUGGCUGGUGUUAAUGGUUGCACGCUGUACAAGGACAGGACGAACCUUCCCGUUGAAAUCAGCGUCUGUCUUUUGGCCGGGCUUGUACUUGUGGUUGUUGUGCUCUACGCCAGAAUUUACGCCGAGGUGGUCCGAUGUAGAAAACGUACCCUCAUGCUUUCCAGCUCUCCGACUAGAAGAUGCGAACUUGAAAAAGUGAUGACGUCAUCACCAUCGUUUCAUCAGCAGCAGCAUUACCAACACCAACCUGCCAACAGAAUAACACUUCCCAACAACGUCAGUGACAGGAUGUUCAGCAGGAAGCAGUUCACGCUGCUACCACAUCGGCAGCAGAAGUCUUCAUCAUUGUCGACAGCAGCGACAGGACAGUUCCAGCCGACCAGGCAUCGACCUCAGCGCCACCACAACACCUCAUCCGAGCACAACUACAAGGCGUUCCUCACCACCUUGAUCCUCGCUGGAGCCCUUCUCCUCUUCUGGCUGCCCUACCUCAUCAUCAGCUCCAUCAACACCAACUACGCCACAGAAUUUUUAUUCAAAUUGAAAUUUUUCGUCUUCGACAUCCUGCCGAUGUUGACGUACUUGAGUGACCCAAUCAUAUACGGCGUUCGUAUCAGGAGCGUGCGUCUCAGCUAUAGGAGAGUGUUUGGACCGAUCAUGUCAAAGAUCUGUUGCUGUUGGAAGUUCAUCCGACAUUGCAGGAGAAAAACUGGCAGGAGAAAUUACGUGGUCACUAAAAAUGGACUCAGUGAAAUGAAUGCCAGCGGGAAGGCGAGGAAUGGGAACGAGACGAGCAUCAAGAUGACCAGUAUACAGGAUCUCAGUGUCUGCCAGUAG